UUCUCAUUCGAUAUAUGAUUGCCGCUACAAAUUGGAAUGUGGAAAAUGGACUCGCCGGUAGUGGACGGUGGAUCGCGUGGCCACAUCCUGGCCAUGGUGGUGCGGGUGUGCGCGGUGACGGCGAUUACCUACUACAGUGCCAAGUGGAUGCUCGGUGCCUUGGAUCCGAAUAGUAAGGUGCGCAAGAGGGCCAAGCAGGUGGCGGAGCAGCAGUUGCGGAAGCUCAACUCCUCGGCGGCUCAGAAGUUUCGAGCCCGCGACUUCAACGAACACGAAGUGAUGAUCGCCUCGCAUCUGGUGACCCCCGAGGACAUCGAUGUCAGUUGGUCGGACAUAGCCGGACUGGACGCGGUGAUCCAGGAGCUGCGGGAGACGGUGGUGCUGCCGGUGCGCCAUCGCGAACUCUUCCGGCGAUCGCAGCUUUGGCGGGCCCCAAAAGGAGUCCUUUUGCAUGGUCCUCCGGGCUGUGGCAAGACCCUGAUAGCCAAGGCCAUUGCCAAGGACGCCGGGAUGCGCUUUAUCAACCUGGAUGUGGCCGUGCUAACGGAUAAGUGGUAUGGCGAGAGCCAAAAGCUGGCCACUGCCGUCUUUACACUGGCCCAAAAACUGCAACCCUGCAUCAUUUUCAUCGACGAAAUCGAAUCGUUUUUAAGGAUGCGCGGCAGUGGCGAUCACGAGGCCACCGCCAUGAUGAAGACCCAGUUUAUGCUGCAGUGGGAUGGCCUGAUGAGCAGUGCCAAUAGCUGUGUCCUCGUCCUGGGGGCCACCAAUCGACCGCAGGAUCUGGACAGGGCCAUCCUGCGUCGCAUGCCAGCGCAAUUUCAUAUUGGAGUGCCUCACGACUCCCAGCGACAGGCCAUCCUGCAGCUGAUCCUUCAGAGCGAACAGCUGAAUCCUUCGGUUGACCUCAAGGAGUUGGCCCGUUUGACGCCGGGAUUUUCGGGUUCCGAUCUGAGGGAACUGUGUCGACAUGCCUCCAUGUACCGAAUGCGUUUGUUUAUGCGCGAAAAGCUGGGAGAGGGAAAUUUGGCGAAGGAGGAGUUUCAGUGGGACUUCGAGUCGAAGGAUCAGCAGGGCCUGCAGGACUGCCAGCAACUGGAGAUCCACAUGGAUGAUCUACUCAAGUCGCUGACCGCGAUGAAGGUCUCCAAGUUUCAGGCGCACAACGUCUUGAUUGAAAAGGAUCUGGAAUUGGACUGAUAUAUAUAGGUGAUGCAAAUUUUAAUUUAUGCUGAAAUGGAACUUAUAAUAAUAAAAGAUGUCAGUGCUUUAUCAACCUAA